GAGAGCGCGUGUGCUUGCUAUCUACUCGUGCAUAAACGAGGGACCCUGCCGGCCUUGUGUGUGGUUGCUUACUGGCCCACUGAAGACCGUCCUCGCUCUCUCCAUCUUCACCUCCUCACUGUCUCUCACUCAAUUAACUAUUGUUUCGUAUCCUUUUAUCCCUCCUUCAAGCCCUGUUUGAUACCCCGGCGCAGUACAAGUUCCCUCAGCUUGUACCAUUUAGAUACACCCUUUCAAAUGUUAACAAUGGAUCCUCCCGACGAUGCGGACUGGUCCUGCAUCUUUGUUCACGCGGGAGCUGGAUAUCACUCGCAAUCGAAUGAGCCACAACAUCUCCAAGCGUGUGCAUUGGCCUGCAAAGCAGCCAUGGCACUCCUUCGAAACGGUGGCUCCGCCGUAGACGGCGUCGAGAUGGCUCUUCGAAGCAUGGAGGACAACGAGAUUACCAACGCGGGCUUCGGCAGCAACCUCUCCCUGGACGGAACGGUUGAGUGCGACGCCUCGAUCAUGGAGGAGAGUGGACGGUCCGGUGCUGUCGGAGCGGUGGAUAGCUUCAAGAAUCCGUCGGCGAUGGCCCGUCUGAUUCUCGACAACAGCCGCCGUCCCAUGUCGCUGAAGCGGGUUCCUCCCAUUCUCCUCGCCGGCCCGGGCGCAAAGCUCUACGCCAGCCAGUUCCACUUCCCAAUCAUUCCCAACGACGAGCUGGUAAGCCACAGCGCACAUCAGCGCUGGCUGAAGUGGAAGCGCGAGCUCGACGGCCCCCGUGGCGCUGGAUCUUCCAACUCUCGCUCCCGCAGAUCGAGGUCUAGAUCCAGGGGUCACACGAGGAGAGACUCCACGGAUACUCAGCGCUCCUCGGUGUCGAAUGCUACCGCUAAGGCAGAGGUUAGGGAGGCGGAUGCCGUGCCUGAGGAUGCGGAUGCCGUGCACGAGGAUGCGGAUGCCGUGCCCGAGGAUGAGGACUUGGUUACGGAUACGGUAGGCGCGAUCUGUGUUGACCGCUGGGGGAGGGUCGCUGCCGGGAGUAGUUCUGGGGGGAUUGGGAUGAAGUUCCGAGGGAGGGUCGGGCCAGCGGCGUUGAUUGGUGUAGGUACUUGGAUCAGGUCCGACAACGAUGGGACGGUGGUAGCUACUACUUGCUCCGGUACUGGAGAGCAAAUGGCGCACACGAUGAUCGCCUCGAAAGCCGUGGAGCGCAUGUUCGAGUCCGAUGAUGAAUUCAACGGCCUCAAGAUCGCAAUUGAGCACGACUUCAUGGGCUCCAAUGUCGUUCAGGAAUCCAAUAUGUCAUCUGCUGUUGGAAUAAUGGCCAUAAAAUUCGACAAGGUGGCCCAGAACAGACGUAUUCACUUCACCUACGGGCACACCACGGACAGCAUGGCAUUGGCAUAUCAAAGUGUCGCGAUGAGGGAUGCGGACAGCAUCAUGUCACGCAACAAGCGGAAUCCCAAGGCCUGCAUGGGUGGAGUGUUGGUCCCCAUUCUACCGACUCAGAUAACCACAGGAUGAGAAGAUGCAGGCUCUUCCCUCCCCUCUAUUGAUUAUCCAAACAGGCAUGCCACGCCAACAGAUGGCUAAUGACCGAGUAAGGCUAGACCUUCGUCUGUUAAGUUUGGCAUUCGAAGGGUUGUUUGCUCUUGUGGUAAGUUUUUGCUUUUGGAUGGUUGGUUUCCGCCUUGUAAAUCAAGUGUGGCAGCGCGCAGGCAGGAGAGGAAGUGAUGGAAUUGUUGAGGCCUCUCUUCCCUUCGCAAUGAGCUGUGAUGGACUGGUUUAUGUACAUCAUGGACAAUGGAGCAGUGAUCAAGUACGGACGUCAAGCGCAAUCAUUU